AAAUAUUCGCGAUGGCUCUGUUAAAGGAUAUCGGGAUUUAAUAAGGUAUUACUAUAAAUUACUUACAUGUUGUUACUUGUUGGGAAAAGGGGAUUGGAUCGAUGCAGGUGAAUUCAUGAGGGGCUGCUGAAGUGUCUGCGUUCUCGCUUUGAAGUGCACUUAUGCGCGGACGGCUCCUAUUUGUCUACUGGCCGGGACCAUCAUUGUCGUCUUUUUCACAGUGGAGCGUUACUUGUUCGACAAAUCUUUCAAUCAAAGGACCCACCACCAUAUAAAUAAAAUCAGCGUGGAGGUUGGGGUACACCUUUAGUGGACCGCUUCAUUCUUUGCGACUCUCAUCUGGGACUCCAAUAAACAGGAAUUUGCGCUCCGGUCAUGGGAGGCUGCAGGACGCUUCUUAUUGGGAUGGUUCUCUCCACGACUUGGAUUGUGCAGUCUGCAUCAACUUGGACGGCGAAUAAUUUCCUCAUGACUGGUCCUAAGGCUUAUCUCACCUACGCUAGUAGUGUGCAAGUGGGUGCGCAGAAUGGAAUACAAGAGUGCAAGCACCAGUUUUCUUGGGACAGAUGGAACUGUCCACAGAGUAUGCUUCAGCUGUCCUCACAUCGAAAUACAACAAAAGAGACAUCAUUUGUCCAUGCCAUCAGUGCUGCAGGAGUGAUGUAUACGCUCACCAAGAACUGCAGCAUGGGAGACUUUGACAACUGCGGUUGUGAUGAUUCCAGAAUAGGACAGACAGGAGGCAGAGGGUGGAUUUGGGGAGGCUGUAGCGAUAACGUGGCCUUUGGAGAGAAGAUCUCCAAACAGUUUGUGGAUGCCUUGGAAGAUGGUCACGACUUUCGCGCUGCAGUUAACCUCCAUAACAAUGAGGCUGGGAGACUAGCAAUCAAAGCUACGAUGACGCGAGCUUGCAAAUGCCAUGGAGUGUCUGGAAGCUGCAGUAUCCAAACGUGUUGGAUGCAACUGGCCGACUUCAGAGAGGUGGGCACCUCCCUGAAAAUUAAGCAUUCCCAAGCCAAGAAGUUGGAAGUAGACAAGAAGCCGAUGAGGGCUGGCAACAGCGCAGACAACAGAGGCGCCAUUACGCAGGCCUUCCGCAACAUCCCGCGGACGGAGCUCAUUUUCUUCGAGGAUUCCCCGGACUACUGCGUCAGGAACCAGAGCCUAGGCUACGAUGGCACAGAGGGACGGGAAUGCCUCAAGGGGGACAAAAGCUUACCGCUGUGGGAAAGAAAAAGCUGUCGCAGGCUGUGCUACGAAUGCGGACUCCGGGUGGCAAAGAAGCACCUUGAAGUUGUCAGCAGCUGUAAUUGCAAAUUCCAUUGGUGCUGCACGGUUAAAUGUGACAAAUGCACACAGGUGGUGACCAAAUAUUACUGUGCACGCAAGGGAAGUGCCAGAAAAUCACACAACAAAGCAAAACGUAAAAACCGUCCGCGUGGACAUUAA